GAGAUAACUAGCUAGUUCGAUCUCACAUCGGAUGAAUUCUGAGAGUCGAAAGCAGCCCUCUUUACACAAAUGUUUCUACGGCUCAACUUGGUCCAGCUACUCCCGCUGUUGCAACGCUGAUUACGGGUUUAUCUCCCCGGCUAAACCACCGGCUCUACUGCAGGGUGCACAUCAAACCAGGAAUUAUCCCAGAUGCUUACCCCGCCAUUGUAAUUAUUGCUUUGAAGUCAUUUCUACGAGAAGUAUAACAAGGCAACUUUAGCUGCUGAACUAUGGGGGCAUUCAGUGCUUAUCAUGAGUCACGUAUUUCUCAAUUGUUCUAUUGACCAGUUUAUAGUGUCUUGACUUACGGCGUUUCUAUUGAAAUAUAUCUAUUGGUAUUUAUCCAAUAUGAUGUUUAUGAAUUUUAUGCACGCCAAAGAGGACCGGCCAACACCACCAGAAGUUUAUAACUGGAGGCUGUACUUCACUGUGCUGGGCCUUUCAACAGCCCUUAUUGUUUUUGGCUAUGAUACCUCAUUUAUUGGCACAACGCAAACACAGCCCAGCUACAAGCGAGACUUUGGGUUAAACAACAUGUCAACUAAAGACGCUGACGCUUUCACGAGUAAUGUAACAAGCCUAUUCUCUGCUGGUGCCUUUUGGGGCGCAUUGUUCAUGUUCGUUCUGCUUGAGAUGUACGGGAGGAGAAUCUCUGUGCUUAUUGCUGAUGUCACUUUCAUUUUGGGUGCCGUCAUUUCCACAGCGUCAGCCGGUAGGAAGUCUAUGAUGUAUGCUGGACGCGUACUCUCGGGCAUUGGGGUUGGGGGCUUCGUGGCCGUUAUCCCAACCUAUAUCUCGGAACUUUCACCGCCAGCCAUCCGCGGCCGCAUGACGGGGUUUUUUGAGACCUUCUACCAAGUUGGCUCUCUGGUCGGCUUCUGGAUCAACUACGGCAUUGAGCGCAAUGUUGACACGGAACGGUCCCUCGCAUGGCGCAUCCCCAUGGGAGUCCAGCUUAUUCCCGUAGGCAUUGUUGCGCUGACAAUCCCCUUCCUCACAGAAUCCCCGACCUGGCUGCUGAAGAAGGGAAAGGAUGAAGACGCAUUGAAAGCUCUUUCUUUUCUCCGCAGCCUGCCCGCCACGCAUCAAUACGUUCUGGAGGACGUCGACUUUAUCAAGGAGCAGAUUGCCAUCGAGCGUGCCCUGACCAUCCGGAGCGGAGCCAAGCCGACAUUCUGGGGAUCAACGAAAGCUGCAGUUAAAGAAGCCACUAUGAAAGGAAUGCGCAACCGCUUCGGGCUAGUGGCUAUGUUAUGUCUCUUCCAGGCGUGGAGCGGAGCGGUGGCAAUUAACUAUUACUCACCGACGAUCUUCACCUCCAUUGGCCUAGACAACACCACUCUCUGGACUGGUAUCUAUGGCGUGGUAAAAUCAGGAGCAGCAAUUAUAUAUUUCUCUUUCUUGAUUGAUAUAACCGGCCGUAAGUGGCCUUGGAUCACGUCCUGCAUCGGAUGCGCUAUUUGCAUGUACUACAUCGGGGCAUAUAUCCGCAUUGCAACACCAAGUGACAGGGCUACAGAAACUAGCUCACAGAUUGCGGCCGGGAAAGGAGCUGCAGCGGCGAUCAUGAUAUUCGGAUUCAUGUGGUCAUUCGGUGCGAACGGUCUGCCACUCAUCAUAGCAUCUGAGAUCUUCUCGCCUAGCGUGCGCAGCAUCAGUGGGCCAUGGGCAGGAGUCAAUGUUUGGCUGUGGUCUUUCGUCGUGACGAAGUCAUUGCCUAGCAUGUUCAGGGCCAUGGGGUCUGGGAUUUACCUUUGGAAUGGUACCAUUCUGGUCCUGUCUGCAAUAUUUGCAUUUUUCUGCAUUCAUGAGACGAAAGGUCUGCGGAUGGACCAGAUGGAUCAGUUGUUUGGGUCUGUGGCAAACAAGAGUGUUGAAUUGAAUGCUGAUGCCAUAGAUGAGGAGAAAGUUAUUGCUGUACAGAUAGAACAACCUGUUUGAAAUGGCAGCAAUUUUAUUCCUCUUUUUUUCUCGGCAGCGUAAAGUACCGAGUGGACCGCAAAUUCGGCUGUUUUAGCCUAUAGCUUCCUGCAUCUCUAACAGUGAGGCUCCGUAAGUUUUAGAACCUUCGUAGAGAGUCAGCUGUUUAAAAAU